AUGAUGGGAGUAACGGGACCUCUGGUGUCAAUUGUGAAGAGUACAAAGCGCGGCGAGACAACCAGUCGGACAAGUUUCCUCAAUUUCCCCGAACUCGAAUGCUCACUGUUUGUUUGCUUCUUCCUCCUCGCGAUAAUCCGGGCACAAGCGUGUCAUAUGAAGACCUCCAACAGAUCCUCAGUUCUUCGGCGGAGCUCCGCCAACAUGCCUCGCGAGUGGAGCAGUGGACUGCUGUUGUUGUGUUUUGCUCUCGGUGUGAUUUUUGAGGCUGAUGCAGCCUGCUGGUACAACGGCCAGCUCCACGACGAAGGCGUCCACGUCCCCACGACCGAGCCGUGCCUCAACUGCACCUGCAGCCGCGGCAGCCUCCUCUGCUACUUGCGCAUUCCAGGUGGUUGUGUUGUGGAUGGUGUGUAUUACAAAGAAGGGGGCAAAGUUCUCGGAAUCGGCUAUUCCGUCUGUGAUAAUUGUUACUGUUUGCGAGGAAUUUUACGAUGUGAACCCUUAUCGUGUGCCCCUCCACUUUUCAGUUGUACUCCGGUGAUAAGACCCGGAGAAUGUUGUGCUGCUAGUUACAAUUGCAGUGGUACAAUUGAAAUUCAACCGGAACCCAACUAUGGCCACUUUCCCAUCAUUAGUAAAGAAUACGCGAAAUUCCGGAAGGAAGUCCACGAUAAAAACAGUGUAACAGUACCAACCAUCAAGAACCAACGAACCCAUGGUUCAACUCGACAUUUCACAGGCCCAGUUUUCAGUCCUAGUACCGUAAAACCAUUUUUCCACAAUUCCAUUACAACACAAGGGUCGAAAAUUUUACCGAAAGUUGAUCAAAAUUCAGUUGAUGAUCGGUUGAUUCGCCGAGUGGAAACGGUUGAGACGACUGAAAUGACGUCAACUGUUGAUACGACAACUACGACCGAGGAUUUCAGUACUGAAACGACUGAAACAACUGAAAGUGAGGCUACGACUGAGUUUACGACAACUGAAACGUAUCCAAUAACCCUGAAAACUGUUCUAAAUUCCACGGAUUGCUCGAAUUUGAACGAAAAAAGUGACAGUUUCGAGUUGGCUGAGACUACUACGAUUGUGCCUACGACUGUUGAUUUGGAAAAACAGGAAACUGUAAUUUUUACAAAGGUGUAUACACAAAACACGACUCCGGCCCUGGAUCUUGACCUAAUCUACAAUAUUACGAAGAGUAAAGAUCCGGAUUAUGAGUAUGACUACAGUGAGCCGUCGUUGCCCCCAUCUCUACCAAAUUUGAGAAUCAUCCCCUUUGUGGCGGCGGACGCCCUUGACUUAGAAAACGAAAAACACAAUAUAAUCCACCCCCAAGAACGCGUCACUGACGUCUCGCACACCUACAACUUAUUCUCACCCCCUGUGGAAACCGAGGGCGGAUUCAUCCCCAAACAACCCCCAAUUUUAGACAACUUAUACGACGAACUUCCCACAACAACAACAACAACAAUCACCCCUCAAUUGCGCGAAAUCACCUGCAUCCUCGACGAACAAGAAAUCAAUCACGGGGAAUCCCUCGUCUCCGAAACAACAUGCAACACUUGUGGUUGUUUCUAUGGCAACAUUGUCUGUCAAAAAACCAUCUGUCCAAUACCGAAAAUCGACUGUCAAAAAUUUCUACACCAAGACCCGACGCUGUGUUGCCCAGUUUAUGCGUGUGAUAAGGAAACCCCAAGUCCGGAAACGGCGACUCCGGACCCUUUCCGGGACGUGAUCCGGACCGAACCCGCCCCCAAUCUCCAGUCACUGAUCGUCGACAUUCUCAACCGGAAAACAACAACAACAACAAGUGAAAAACCGCUCAGUUUGGAUAAAGUCCUGCAGUUGUUGUUUUCAACCGGGGAGGAAAUUACAACAACAACAACACAACAAAGCCCAACGACUGAAUUUGACUCAAACAACGUCGAUUCAAGUGUGGGAAUUUUGAAAUUGGCGGGCUGUAAUAUCUAUGGAAGGAUGUAUCGAGUUGGCAGGAUAAUUUCCGAAUUGUCAAAUCCGUGUUUAGAGUGCAGAUGUACUGAAACUGGGGUGCAAUGUCGCCCUUUGAAAUGCUAAUUCAGAUCUCACGCAAUUUUAUACCUAAGAAAAUACGUCUUUUUCACGCAUUUCCGAUAUUUGAAAUUAAGUUGGCAACAGGUGACAGUUUUGUUACCAACUUAAUUCCGGUUCGGAAACUUAACCGCAAUGACCUUGACAGGUGACAAGUACAAAUUUCAGUUUGCCAUCUCUAUAACACAUCACUUUCAGCCGAUUAUUUCAUUAUUACACUUAAUUUAGGUUUUAAUUACGUGUUUUGGUUAGUUACGUGUGUGAUAUUGGUCUUGUAGUUUUUUUACCAAAAAUUUACCUUUUUUAAACGAAUUUGCAAUUUGAGGCUAUGCAACCAAUUUAUUUUUAUGUAAUUACUAAAAAUAAAACUUUGAAAAAAUAAAAUUCCUUUAAUAGUUAGGCAACCAGCUAUUUCAGUACUCUAGUGUGUAGGCAACCAAGUAAACACCACUUUGCUUAUUUUACCACUUUUUGCGAUCCAAAGACCGCACAAGCAGAAAAAGAAUCAAAGAUAAAAAAUGAAAAAAACAUUGUUUGGAACUUAAGCAAGUAAG